GUGAGGCCGCCUGUGGCAGUUCCGAGCGCCGGAGUAGACCUUGUGCUCUUGCCAGCGUCAUGGGGCGGCGCGGGAAGAGCCAACACCAGAAGCGCGCACGCGCGGCGGCCCAGCUCCGGGCGCAGGAGGCGUACGCGUCCGCUCCGCAUUCUUUCGUGUUCGCACGUGGCCCCGCCGGCCCGGGAGUUCGCCAGCUCAGCCUAGAUGUGCGGCGGGUCAUGGAGCCCUACACGGCUAGCUCCCUACAGGUACGAAGGCGGAAUUCCCUUAAGGAUUGUGUAGCUGUGGCUGGCCCUCUUGGUGUCUCUCACUUCCUCAUCUUCAGCAAAACAGAGAAGAAUGUGACAUUUAGGCUGAUACGGCUUCCAGGGGGCCCUACCCUUACCUUCGGGGUCACCAAGUACUCCCUGGUCCGGGAUGUUGUCUCCUCCCUUCGUCGCCACCGGAUGCAUGAACAACAGUUCUCACACCCCCCUCUCCUGGUGCUCAAUGGCUUUGGCCCCCAUGGACUUCAUGUGAAGCUCAUCGCAUCAGUGUUCCAGAACAUGUUUCCGUCCAUCAACGUACACAAGGUGAACCUGAACUGUGUGAAGCGCUGCCUCCUCCUCAGCUAUGACCCUGACUCCCAAGAGCUCCAGUUCAGACAUUACAGUUUGAAGGUUGUUCCCGUGGGUGCCAGUCGGGGGAUGAAGAAGCUUCUACAGGAGAAGUUCCCAAACAUGAGCCGCUUGGAGGAUGUCAGUGAGCUGCUGGCCACGGGUGCAGGGCUGUCGGAGAGUGAGGCAGAGCCAGACGGGGAGCACAAUGUGACUGAGCUGCCGCAGGCCUAUGCUGGUAGAGGGAACAUGAAGGCUGAGCAGAGCGCGGUGCGGCUUACUGAGAUUGGCCCCAGGAUGACUCUGCGGCUCAUCAAGAUUCAGGAGGGCGUCGGGGAGGGAAACGUCCUCUACCACAGCCUUGUGCACAAAUCUGAGGAGGAGCUGAGGGCCACUCUGGCCACCAGAGAGCAGAAGCUCCUGCUGAAGGCUGAGCGCCGAGGCAAGCAGGAGCAGGACAUCAAAAGAAAAAAGGAGCAGCGGGAGGCCCACCGGAAAAGGAGCCUGGAGGGAAUGCAGCGGGUAAAGCCUCAAGGUGUGAACAAGGAUGAUGGGGACAGUGGGGCAGAGGACCCAGGUCAGCCAGCUGGAACAGCCCUUGGGUCCGAGGAUGAGGAAGAUGAGGCAGAAUAUUUUCGCCAAGCAGUUGGUGAAGAGCCAGAUGAGGAUAUGUUCCCACAGGCAAAACGAAGACGACCCAACAAGUCCCCUGGACAGCCAUUCUCUGGUGACCAGAGACCAGGAAGGGGCAGAGGGCAGCAUCCAAAGGGGAAGUUCCGAGUAGCAAAAGCAAAAGACAAAGGCAAGCAGCCCAGAGGAGCCACAACUCGACAUUUCCCUCGUGGUCGAGCUCUAGGAAGAGCUUUGGCCUCUAAGAGGCCCCGGCACAAGUCUGCAGCAGCCGCCAGAGCCUGAGAUUCAGCUGAAGAAUGAACUGAUGAUCUGUUUUCUCUUCUGGGGAGGGAAUAAAUACAUUGGGCCCUGUGGCUCCUAAGGACAAAGGCACAGCCCUGUUCUCCAGCCCCUUCUCCCUUUCCCCCAUUCUGUCCUCAUUCCUCUAAACAGUCCAAAAAGCAUCCCCUCAGCCAAGGAAGGGGGAUUGAAGGAAGAGGCCUGGUUUCCCACCCUGUCUAAGUUAUGGGGAAUUAGUUACUGAGAAUUUCCUCAAUUGACACAAGUUGUGUCCUCCUUAAUGAUGUGUGCUGGGGAGGGGAGAGUGGCCCAAGGGGUGGCCUCCAGGGAGGAAGCAUCAGUUAAGAGAAGCCCUGGCAUAUACCCCACCAUUGCUACCUAUGGAACAGGUGGGAGCAAGUAUUUGUUAGCUUGGCCCUUGUGUGGCACAAAGGAAGCUGGGCAAUUAAAAGGGAGUAUACUUUUGUGAAUUCUUUGAACUAAUCAGCAGGGGGCCAGUUGGAAAUUUAGGACAAUUCCACUUGCCCUGCCCAUGUUAGGGCCCAAAAGUUGGUCUUGGCUGGAGUGGAGUCUCCAUACAGAGAUGGUAGAAAGUAAUGGCUUAUAUAACAUCCCCAAUAAAGAAGUAAUUGGAGUCCACUGUCA